AUGAAAGGAAACUAUGUAAGAAAAGUGGGUUGUUAUGGAAACAAUGCUGAACAGCUCUUUUAUCCAGCUGACGUCACAUAUCUAAAUGAUGAUAACAUUCUGGUGGUGGAUGAAUUAAAUCAUCGCAUUCAACAAUUUAACAUUCAAACAGGGAACUCUUUGGAAAGCUUUGGAAAGAAAGGGAAAAAAGAUGGUGAAUUUCAGAAUCCUGUCAGUGUUUGCGUGGAUGAUGAAGGUCGUGUUAUCGUAGCUGAUCACCGUAACGGCAGAGUCCAGGUUUUAAGACAAAGGACCAGGAAAACUAAGCGAACCCAAUGCUUGUGUUUACUAUGGGAACAAGUUUAUUGUUUGUGCCAAGCAUAA